AUGCAGGAAGCUCACAACGUGUUCUCUUUGGCUGGCCAGAAGACCAGUCUGGCGGACGCUUCCGAGGCGCCAACGGACGGCCCGGCCACCCCCCUGCGGUGGUUCGGAGCCGCCGUUGGCGCCUGUAUACUGAUCACGACGCUGGUCGGUAACAUCUUAGUGUUGGUUGUCGUCUCGAAAUUCCGACGACUUCGCUCGGCGACGAAUAUUCUGCUGGCAUCGCUGGCGACCGCUGAUAUUACGGUGGCGCUACUCGUUAUGCCUUUCACAAUCAUCGUUGACGUUGUCCGCGAAUGGCGUUUUGGACGCGUGGCAUGCUAUAUGUGGAUCUCGUGCGACGUCAUGUGUUGCACAGCGUCGAUUCUUCACCUGUGCUUCGUGUCGUUGGACCGAUUCCUGGCCGUAACGCGACCCCUGCGUUAUCGAGCAUGCGUCUCUAAAAAGCGCCUAUCCGUGGUGGUAGCCUUCAUAUGGACGAUGUCCGCCUCGAUAUCUUUCAUACCGAUUUUCUGUGGUUGGUUCGGACCCGAAGGUCAAUGGGAUGAUACCACGUGCGAACUGGCUGUGAAUCCUACAUACGCUCUCAUAUCGUCACUCAUCUCGUUUUAUUUGCCUCUGCCCGUCAUGUUUUACGUUUACGCCCGAAUCCUAGGCGUAGCCGAACGACAAGCUCGCGAAAUCCGAGUCUUGGAGCGCUCCCUCAUCCAGAGUGGUCAAGGAAUCGACACCAAUCGUCGAAGGAGCCUCCGACGGAGAUCUAAACAGCUGCUUGUCGACACGAAAGCGAUCCGCACCCUGGGAAUCGUGAUGGGCGUGUUCAGCGCGUGCUGGCUCCCCUUCUUCAUCAUGUACCUCGUAUCGGCGUUCUGCGAAACCUGUCAACCUCCCUACGAAGUCCGGACCAGCAUCACUUGGUUGGGCUAUGUCAACUCCGCCUUCAAUCCCUGCAUUUACGCCUUUCUAAACACGGAAUUCCGUGACGCGUUCACAAGAGUGCUCGGCUGCUCGGCACGGGACUCGACCGCUACGGCAGCUUCGGUCGCCGGAAUGGAGAUCGAACAUCGCUCUAGCAGUUGUAGCUGUCCGCCGCAAAUACAGAAGAUCCCCCGAGCUUCUCCAGCCCGCACGCCCGACGGAGCCAGCUGGCCGAACAUCAUCGGUCAGCUCGAUAAAGGAAAACACGACCUCAUCUGA